ACAAAUGGAACGUAAGAACGUAAGUUGGCAACGCGGCGAUCAGCUGUGCAAACUUUAGGUUAUGUUUACAUUUUAGCGUAAAUAAUUUCCUGCAUAAUAAUUUAAGAAUAUAAAAUAAAAAUGUUGCGAACAUUUCGUGCAUAUCGUUUGAAUAGAAAUUUGCUAAGCACGCAGUUUAGAAAAGCAACGUCUACCUCAAUCGAGCCAAAUCAACGCUUACUUUGUACAAAUAAUAUCCAAGGAAAUUAUCUGCAAUCACUGUACAGAGAUUUUCAUUUGAACUUUACAAAUAGGAAAUACAACAAAAAAGACAUCGAGGAUGAGGAUAGUGAUGAUGAGGAGGAUAUAGAAUUUAAAGACGACCGUGAUUCCAAAGUAGUUAAAGCCAAAGUAAACUCACUGCGUGCGGACCUUUUAUUAAAAGCGGGCUUAGGCAUGGCUAGGAACAAAAUCGAACAGAUUUUCUAUGAUAGUAAAAUACGUGUCAAUGGUACAAAGUUGCAGAAAAAAGGUUUGCAGUUAGGUAUAGGUGAUGAAAUUGAUAUAAUAAAAGGUUUCAGCCAAUCCAACGCCUCACAUAUAGUUAUCUCACGAGUUAUUAUUUUAUCAGCAAAGAAUCGUGAAGAAGGUUUCGCAGUACAACUGCGUCGCUACAAAACACUUUUGAUAGAGAAUUAUGAGGGCUUGAACGCCUAUAAAUCCUCACAAGCGGCAAAUCAAUGAUGUGAUGUAGUUAGUUACUUAGUUAGUUAGUUAACAAAUUUUAAUGGCUUUCUUAUUUUUGAAUUGAAAUUGUUAAUUUUAUAUGCAAUUUAAGGAUUUAGCGACAAAAGAACU